AUGUCGCAACCCUCUCCACAGCCUCAGCUCACGCCACAAUUCUGCUUCAAUGAGGUUGCGCUGAGAGACUUCCUUCGUAUAUCGCGCGGUGCCAUUGACGACUCGAUAACACAGAACCUCAAUGCUCUCCUCACACCUGCACAGCGAGGAUUCGAUCCUUCGUCUACGUCGAUGCGACAGUUGAAUACGCCGGACCAUGGCAGGUUAAUACCGCCAGAGACAUGUGGCCAGUUCAAGGAGAAAGUUCUGUUCCCAAGCUGGGCUGUACGGUCAGAUGUACUAGAUUAUUGUGCGGGCGUUGCGACAUCGCCGGAUCCUGAUGAUCCAGGCAGUGUGCUGAGGCAGAUUGAGGAUGCGAAGGCGAGGGAGCGGAAAAUCGACGAGAGAUUAGAUCCCUAUUCGGGCCGCUACUUUCCUCAAGAGGCGAGGACGGAGAGUCUGGCUAUGUUGAUGCGGAAUGAGAGGGCGGUGGAGAAGAUUAUUCGGAUGAGGACGUGGAGUGUAUUGGGGGAACGAUGUGGGAUUUACAACGAGACUGCAGAGGAAGCAUUUGAUAAAUGGAGGGCGACGCAAAAGCGAUGA